AUGUAAAUUAUCUGGCAUUUUUUUGUUGCUAUAUGGAAUAUUUUCUAAGAAUUCUCCCCAGUCGUCCGCUUAUGAUGGAAACGCAUUAACACAAGAGAUAGACGGUGCAUGCAACGUUUGGGGUACCCACAGUAUUUGUUCCUAUUGCCCAUGCAAGCGGGAAAUAAAACCAAGUUGCAUCGUUUUCCUCCAUGUUUUGUGCUUUCCCAUAAGUACAUAGAAGCUAAAUGAGCCUUUACCAGAAAACCUGCUGGUAUGAAAUAGAUGAAAUAAUCCAGGAACAUGGUGCUAAAUGGCAGGAGACAUGGCAGUAGGUUCUGUAGUGAUCAGCCUGUUGGGAAGACCAGGCUGCGGAACAGCCAGAGGGCCAGCCGGCGCCAGAGCAAAACCUCCUCUAGUGGCAGGAGAUGCAGUCGACGUGUCAGUGGGGCAGCUCCAGAGCCAGAAAGGCGCCAUGUGCCCUCUUCUGGAAUGACGGCAAAGGAGCUGUGUGAAUAUGAUGAUCUAUCCACUAGCCUGAUCCUGGAUCCUUACCUGGGUUUUCAGACCCACAAAAUGAAUACAAGGUUUCGGCCAGUCAAGGGUCGACAGUCCUUGCUUAAAGAUGUGAUUAAAAGCUUCAGGAAGAAUGACAACCUGGAAAAAGCUUUUCAGGCUUUGACCUCUGGAGACUUUAGCAGACAUCACUUUUCCAAUAAGACAAAGGCCCAGGAGAAGCUCUUCAAAGCACAUGUUUUUGUUUACCUGCGUAUGUUUGCAUCAGACAGUGGAUUUGAAAUUCUUCCAUGCAAUCGUUAUUCUUCUGAGCAAAAUGGAGCCAAAAUUGUAGCAACAAAAAAUUGGAAGAGAAAUGAUAAAAUCGAACACCUUGUCGGCUGCAUUGCUGAGCUGUCUGCUAGCGAAGAGAGGAUGUUGUUACGACAUGGAGAGAACGACUUCAGUGUCAUGUACUCCACACGUAAAAACUGUGCUCAACUCUGGCUGGGACCUGCUGCUUUUAUUAAUCAUGAUUGUCGGCCAAAUUGCAAGUUUGUAUCCACAGGUCGAGACACUGCAUGUGUCAAGGUCCUGCGGGACAUUGAACCAGAAGAGGAGAUCUCCUGUUACUAUGGUGAUGGCUUCUUUGGAGAAAAUAAUGAAUUCUGCGAAUGCUAUACUUGUGAAAGACGUGGCACCGGUGCUUUUAAGUCAAAAGCAGGGCUGCCUAUGGAGGUCCCGGUGAUCAAUAGUAAGUACGGCCUGAGGGAGACGGACAAUCGGCUGAGUAGGCUCAAGAAGCUUGGAGAGGGCAGCAGGAAAUCAAACUGCCAGUCUGUUUCCACUGAGGCAGAGUCUCAAGAACCACCCACUGGACAACCAUCAUUACGGAGAAGGACAUCACAACCACAGUUAAAAGCAAAUUGCAAAGUCAGACCUGUAACAAGGCAAACAUCGCCAAGCACUCCUACUUCUACCUCACCCUCUAAAAGAAGUCAAGCAUCCAAUUUCAGUUUACCAAAGAGACUUAACUCAAAGCCUGCUCAGCUUUUACCUAGAGGAAAAAGGUGCCGCCGGUCAACUGCACUGAAGGCACACACGAGAGCGAGUACUGGAAGCUUGAACCUCAGGCAGUCUUGCAGGAGAGAGGCAGACAGUCAAGGAACCCCUCAAUUCUCUAGCUGCAGAGGGGGUGUAAAACGAACUGCAGUUCACGAAAACAAUCAGAACUCCCGAAAGGGUUUUUUGGCCAGCAAGGACAAUGUGUCUUGCUCGUACAGAACUCGCAGGUCCGGCAGGACCGCACUAGGUGCUCAGGAGCUUGAUGCCAGCAAGCAUGGCCCAAAGCCAAGCAUAACAAGCAAGACACUUGGUAGCACAUCCAUUAAAACCGAGCCUGGUUGUAUUGUUCCCAUCAUGCAGAGGCAUCAGGAUAACAUCCCUAGCCUAGAGACUAGCUGUCCCAGGAAAGGGAUUUGUCCAAAACGCAGGAGGACAAUAAAACAGGAAGAAGUGGGCUCCUAUAUUGAUGAAAUAUUCCAAGAAGGCAUGCCUGACCUUCAACACACAGCACGGACUGCUGACGUGGCGGAUUGCGCCAAGGUGCCACUUGCUCUUCCAGGGCGGCAUUACGACGGCCUGGCUCAGAGUGCAAAGGUGCUACGACGCAACAAGAUGAGCAAAAAGAAGCGACGUAUCACACGCUAUGAUGCGCAGCUAAUUUUGGAGAACAGCACCGGCAUCCCCAAAUUGACACUGCGUCGACGGCGGGAUCGCAGCAGCAGUAAGAAGAAAGAGCAGCGAGACACCAAGGCCAUGCGGUGCUCAUCCAGUUCGUCUAAAAUCAGCAUCAAGUUUAGCAAGGAACGGGAUAAGGAGCGGGCCGGUCUGUACGUGGCUAAGCUAAACAAUGGUUUUGGACAUGGACAGCAUGGGAGCUCGACUAAGCUGAAGAUCCAGCUGAAACGUGAGGAGGAUGUAACCUUCACCGGGAUAGUGAAGCGAGAGGAGGGCGAGGUUCUGGAAAGAGAGGUAGGAGUUCAAAUGGCUCGGAACAUUAAGGAGGACUCGCUGACUUCGGAAGAUGAGGAGGACUACUUUGACAAUGAGGACGACUUUAUCCCACUUCCACAAGCGAAACGCCUGCGGCUGAUUGUAGGCAAAGAUUCCAUAGACAUUGACAUCUCCUCGAGAAGAAGAGAGGACCAGUCGCUCAGACUCAACGCCUAAGCUGUGUAAAUCCCGAAUCUAACAAUCACGUGCUCAUCUUUAAGAAUUUAAUUUAAAUGUGGAGUAAGAAUGGCAAAUGUACAAUUAAACUGACUCGAGCUAUCUUUCAUCA